AUGGCAAUGUUAGUGGAAUCGUCAUUGUUUGGCCGCCUCUGGCUCUCUUCCACUCUUCACACGGUUGUGCGAAAAGAGCCCUUCGAUGAAGUCGGUGACCGGCAUACGCAACACGUGGACGAGUCAGCGCAACCUAUGCAGUGUGAUCAGUUCAUCUAUCGAGGGUGUUGUGAUCCGAAACUAUUUGACGCACAACUUACGGAUUCAAUACGUUUAGCCAACCAUACCAGCCAUACCUGUCACAUGCAUCAAGACCAGCUCAUAUGUGACAUGCCCGCUCGAUUUUGCUCGCACCGGAAACUCGCCUUGUCACAUUCCUAUCAGCGGCUUUUGCUACCAGUCCUCGCACGCUUCUCCUUGGGUUGGCUGAGUUUACUACCGGUGGUUGAUUUACGCACCGAGGAAGAGCUGGAGUGCGUCGGCUUCUUAUUUUUCUCCGCUCCAUUAGCUGUUGCUCGCUUCUUAACUGCCUUAGCACUGGAUGAAGAACGCUUGCCAACCGAAGCGCCAUCCAUUUCAUCGUCCCCGUCAUCGUCUAAGUCAUCAUCCUCUUCAUCCUCAUCAGCUUUGCGGCGACUUGUAUUGGUGCCAGGUUUUUUGAAGGAUUUAUGUCGGCCAGCAGCCGCCGCCAUUGCACCGGUACCCGCAGACUUGGGACGCUUCAAGUCAGGAGCCGAAUCAUCAGACAUAUCAUCCUCACCAUCAGAACGUUGA